GUUUUUAUUAGCUGAAUGGAACUAAGAGUCGGAGGGAAGUGGAAGCUUGGACGGAAAAUUGGUUCCGGUUCUUUUGGGGAUAUCUACCUCGGGAUUAACGUUUACACUGCAGAAGAAGUUGCCAUCAAGUUGGAAAGUGUGAAGACAAGACACCCUCAACUUCUCUACGAAAGCAAAAUAUAUCGAUAUUUGUGUUCUAGCCCUACAGUAAGUUUGCUUUGGCGUUGUAGUUGUUGUCGUUUGAAACUUUUAAAGGGUCAAGUCGUAAUGGGAAUUCCCCAAGUUAAGUGGUAUGGACAAGAGGGAGAUUAUAACGUUAUGGCAAUGGAGCUUUUAGGACCAAGCGUGGAAGAUUUGUUCAACUUUUGUCAUCGCAAAUUUUCUUUGAAGACAAUAUUGUUACUUGCUGACCAGAUGUUAUGCCGUGUUGAAUAUGUUCAUUCCCGAAGCUUUAUUCAUAGAGAUAUUAAGCCAGAUAAUUUUUUGAUGGGUUUGGGCAGAAACUCGAAUACCGUAUAUCUCAUUGACUUUGGACUCUCCAAAAAGUAUAGAGAUCCGAAAACACAUGUUCAUAUUCCUUAUCGCGAGGGUAAAAAUUUAACAGGAACAGCAAGGUAUGCUUCCAUUAAUACUCAUUUGGGAGUGGAACAAGGAAGAAGAGAUGAUCUGGAGUCACUCGGCUAUGUUUUUAUGUAUUUGUUACGAGGAAGUUUACCUUGGCAAGGAUUGAAGGCCGCCACGAAGAAACAAAAAUACCAAAAGAUCAGUGAAAAGAAAUACAAUACUCCCAUAGAAGUUCUUUGUAGAGGAUAUCCAGGAGAAUUCGCCUCAUAUCUUCAAUACUGCCGAUCAUUGAAAUUCGAUGAAAAACCCGAUUAUAGCUACUUGCGAAACCUAUUUAGAGGCCUUUUUGAAAGAGAAGGGUUUGUCAACGAUAAUAUUUUUGACUGGACUCUGUUAAAGCAGUCAGAGUCAACUUCUGCUAGUCAUAGUGCAGUUCGUGCCGAACAUGAAAUAUCAAAUGAGAAACCUAUGCCGGGAAACAUUGAGCAACCAUCAGGUGGAGACUAUGUAUAUUCCAACAAAGUGCCUUCUCCAAAAGUAGUUGAUCGAACCUUUACUUCUAUUCAUGCGGUUGAUGAAAGUACUGGCGUAAUGCCUCAAGACACAACAGUUCAUUCAAGCGCGUACCCAAACAACAACAAUCAUUCUUCUGGUCUAGUUCCCAAUUCGUCAUCCAGAAAUCCUUUGCGAACCGUUGGCUUGUCUCCUCCCUUUUCAAUUCGUCGAUAAGACUAUCCAGGGAAGAGGUGCUUUUGACUUACAUAUACACAAUAACUAUAAAUAUUAUUAAUGUAUAUGGUGUUUAAGUUGUUUACAUCUCAAGUCACUUGUGAAG